ACGAGAUGGCUGGUAUGCACUUCUUGGUGGGAAUUUCCACCGAAAACUACGUGAUUUUGGCCGCAGACAAAGCCACUUUCGCUUAUGGCGCUAUUCUCGCUGACAGCGAAAACGACAAGGAAUAUAGACUGGGAAAGAAGUUGACAAUGAUGUGCAUCGGAGAGGAAGGAGACGUCGCACAGUUCGGAGACUGGACCAAGAGAAAUCUUCAGUUGUACUCGGUCAGAAAUGGUUACGAGGUUUCACCAUCAUGUGCUCAUCACUUCGUUCGGCGCAGUAUCGCCGAAGGUCUCCGCUCGCAAGAUCACUACACUGUCGAUGUUCUGAUUGGAGGAUAUGAUGACAAGGAGGACAAGGCUUUCCUAGGAUCUGUUGAUUACUUGGCUAAUGGACUCGGGCAACAGCCGUACUUGUUCCGAGGAUUCUGCGGACGCUUCUGCUAUGCCAUUAUGGAUCGUGAAUACAAAAAAGACAUGACUGAGGCUGAAGGACUCGCUUUGAUGAACAAGUGCAUCGGAGAGGCUAAGAGACGUUUCGUCGCCAACAUUCCGGGAUACAAAGUGGUGAUCAUCGAUAAGAAGGGAUACCGCAAAUUGGAUGAUGUUCUUUUCUAAAUUUCUGGCCCCGGAAUAUAUUUUUCACCGGUUAUUACACUUCUCUCCUGCAACCUUUUUUGUGACUUUUCUCCCAGUUUUCUUCCGUUUUAAUUUAUUGACACAUUCGAAUGUAUUUUCCAUCAUAUUUUAUUCUAUCUAAAAUUGAGCAAUUGAAAAGAUAGAUAACAAUUAAACGACUUGUUUC